AUGUGGAUCCGAGCACGGAUGCUGGGAGAUCCCAGCGAGGCCACCCUCUUCGACGAGGUUCGACCUCAAGACGUCUUGCAGGGAAGCUUGGGCGACUGUUGGCUGAUGAGCUCCUUAAGCUGUUUAGGGAGUCAUCCGCAGAAGCUGAAGAGCCUCUUCAGUUCAAAACACCUCACUGAAGAUGGCAAGUAUAGUAUCUGGCUUUUCGACAUCGAGAAGAGCGAGUGGACGUCGGUGGCCAUCGAUGAGUUCUUGCCAUGUAAUGUGCGCUACGGCGUCCCGCGCGCGGAGUUUUCAAAGCCUUUAGGGGAAGAAAUCUGGGUGAUGCUCUUGGAGAAGGCCAUGGCCAAGUUCUGCGGCAGCUACGGCGCUCUGUCAGGCGGCGGCUGUGCUUGGGCCUUCCAGGUCCUCACAGGGAAGACAGAUGUGAUCUCCUACGCUCGUGAGCGGGAUGGCACCUGGCGCCGGCGCCGGCUCAAUGCCAGGCGCGAGGAAAAGGAGGGCGGAAAGGGCAACGAUGAACUUCUGACCCCUGCCGUCCGCUGGGUUCAGAUCGUGGCGAUCCGACUCUCAGAUGGAUCCUUGAAGGAGCUCUACCAGACGCUCCAGGAGCACAUCUGUGAUCGGCACGUCAUGGGCUGCAGCAUCGCAGGGAACUCGGCAGGUGCUGAGGGUGCCAAGGGCAAUGGCUUAUACACCAACCACGCCUAUUCUUUGCUGAAGAUCAUCCCAGAAAGCCUGGAUGAUGGCUCACCCAUCCGGCCCUUGGGAGCUCCGAACAGUGGAUGGGGCGGGUGUUUCAACGUGGGGCUACCAGGUGCUGGGGAGGGGGUCAGCUUCUUCACCCGGAAGACACCCCGCAAAGCACGCUUUUCACUCGGCACCGCGCCCGUCGUCGCUGAGCUCGACCCCUACCGCGGCUGGCGAGCUGGUCGGACGUCCCUGCGGCUCGAGGACUUCGCGGGCUUCGAGACCUCCGAGCCGUCGGCGAAGUGGGCGGAGAACCCGCAGCUGGCCGAGCGCCUGGCGGUACAGAAGGGACGCAAUGACGGCGCCUUCUACAUGACCUUCGAGGAUUGGGCACAGUGGUUCAGCAAUGAUGAGCCGGAUGCCGAGGAAGAUGGGAACCACGACGUGGAGGAAUACACCACGAGCUUUGACAUCUCGUCUACGUACGUUGCAAUGGGCGCGAAGAGGCGUUUUGCAGGAGUUGCCCAGAAACCUGAAGGGAUUUCUGCCUACACGACGUUGAAGCUCCCAGCGAGAGUAUACGACGGCCAUCUGCUGGGCCGUGUGGAUGGCCGUGCGGAUUCUUCGGGGAUCGACGUCCUCGCAGUGACGCUGUCUCAGGCUGUUGGUCCCCCUCCCGUGUCGGAGGUGAAUAGAUGCCAAAACGAAGCGCCACCUCCGUUCACUCGCUUUUCUCGUGCUUUCUUUCAGCUCCAAACCGCGCCGCGCCCCCACUCGGCACGCGCCGGUGCCGCGGUGCGCGCCAUGGACGGCAAUGGCGAAGCGGCGGAGGGGCUGUGGGCGCGGGCUAUGGAAGUGGACACCGCUCUUGGUGGGCUUCCUGGGCUUCCUAACCAUGCUGGCACUGCUGGUGCUGUGGAAGGCACAGUUGGUGGACUGCUGGUGCUAGUUGAAGAGAUCCAGGGCCGACUGCGCUGGGGCACUCGGAAACAGUUCCGAACCUUCGAGCCCCGGGAGGAUGGCACCUGGCCCUGCAACUUUGAGACCUUGGGAGAUCCCGCGCCAGGAGACAUCUCCAAGAUUUGCGAGUGCGAGGUUGACCAGUCGAGGAAAAGCGAUCGCUCGAACUCUAACAUGGAGUGGAUCUAUUGCGCAUCGCAGUUCAUGCUUUGCGAUUGCCCAGGGAGGAUCCGUUGGGGCAACAAGAAUCGAUGGAAGAUCUUCCCAAUGCAAAAGAAGCCUUUGGGCUGCAACACUGAUCUAGGAGACCCUGCGCCAGGGGAUGCGGGAAAGCACUGCGAGUGCGAACUGGAUCCCCAGUCGGCGCUCUACCGGAAAGUGAACCCUUCGCUCAGGAGGGAAGUGACUGCGCCGGUGAUCUCCUGCGAGACCUUUGAGACCUCGAAACGCAGAACCCCGUGGGAUCGAGAGCAGUGGAGGGCCGUGGAAGGCCUUUGCGCGGAGCCGACGUCGCCCCCGCGAGGGCCCGAGGCGUUGACGUCCCGCGAGCUGCGGCAGAUGCUGGCGGCGUGGAUCAGCGAGGGCUUCGAAGCGAACUACCAGAAGCUAUACAAGCACGGCUGGUUGGAGGAGGCCUUCGUGAACUUCAUCGGUCCGGCGCCGGGCGGCUCCAAGUGGGCGUUGAUCAACGAGCAGCUCAUCCGCUCGGUCCACCUCUUCUCGGAACGGCCUGUGGUGGUGGUGCACUUCGGAAUGCUCACGCCGGACGAAUGGGACCCCCAACAGUAUCCAUGGCUGGUGGUCUUGCACGCAGCGCCCUUUCCCACAGAGGUCUUCCGGCGCUUCGAUCUGAACAAGUAUCGAUCCUUCUUGAUCGCCAGGGUCAAAGCAGGCGUGCAAUUGGACAGUGACCAGUUCGUGGCGCCUGGUGUUGAUCGGCUCUUUCAGUUGGCGAAGCGGGAAGGCUCUGAGACCUAUCCGCUGCCCAUCUUGCCGGUGCACUUCCUGCGCAACGAGGAAUUGCCCAUGUAUCCGGGCAGCGUGACACGAGAAGGUGUGACGAUGAGUGGCGGCGUGAGCCAUGUCUUUGACCGCUUUUGCCACCGGACCUCUUGCAAUGUCACCACACGUUGGGGCCAUGCACAUCCCACCUGGACCUUCUGGGCCCUGCCCUUCCUCGGGCGCUGGAUCCGCCGGCAUCUGCGCGACGAGACGCUGCCGUCGUCGUCGGCGGACGAGCGCGGGCCUCGCGGGCGCAGUCGUCCGGUGCCGGCGCUGCGGGUGAGUAGCAUCGACGUGGAUGAAGACUUGCUGAACAUCGGUACCUGGGAAGAAGGUGGCUGGAAGCAAUGGUGUAAGUACGAUGUCAUGGAUCCCAGCGAGUUCGAACGCCUCUUGGACGGACCGAGUGCCUGCGACCGUGGACCGCGCGGCGCCCUGGUGCCGCCGCCCAUCGCGGCCGACCCCGUGUUCCACCCGCAGGGCGCGCCGCUGGUCUUCUACACUGCACAUCAUGCUGUAGAUCCCAAGAUCUCCAAGCAACUCAUCGACCGCUUGCAGAAAAAGCACCGAAAGCGACAACUGCCAGGGCCCAUCUUCUACAAGGGCUGCUUCUAUAACAACAGCGCCCACUUCAAGAAGGCACAUCCAGGCGUCCGUUGCCUCAUCUGA